AUGAUUCCUGCUUUGGGAGCAGGAGGUCCAGGGUUCAAUUCCCUGACGGAGUCGAAGGCGGUUCUUCGUCUGUCGGCGAAGGGGUGGCAGAAUGCUCGAGGAACGUGGGUCGAUCCGGCUACUUUUGACCAGCUGAUGGCCAAUUACAACGACAAAAGCUGUCCAGAAUCCAAACGGUUUCCUUAUUUUACGAAUGCGGGGGAUGUGCUCAUCAUGAGUGACUCCACUAGAUACAGACAGAAGAACGUUAUGGAGUGCCUGGAGAAAUUUGUGAGCGCGGUGCAGAGGUGUGGAGAGCCUAGGAAGGAGACCGACGAGGCUACGCUGGAGCGGUGGGAGGAUUUGCGCAAAAAGGAGAAGGAGGUGCGAGUACAGGCGAAGCGCAAGCUGAGGGACAAGAAGAACGCCCGUCGCAAAAUCAAGAUGGAACUGUAA